UGUGAAUAGCCAUAACGAAAAAUAAUAUCUAAAUUGUCCAAACAUACAUACAUAUGUAUUGGGAGACUUUUUUGUUUUGGCUGGCUUAGCACUACCAAGUCGUUUGGCCGGCAAUUUUAUCCUAAGUUCGUCGAAGUGAAGAGUAAAAAUAUAAAAAAAUACUAAAAUGUCGGAUACAAAAGCUGGCCGGUCCGGUCCGACUACGUCCACAUAUGCGCUUAUACCAAAGCCGGCUAAUUUACAGUGUAUGGAUCUGCAGGAGUAUCUGCGUACGAGAGCCCCAGAUACUCUCGAAAAAUUGUAUAACUAUCCAACAAUUUGCUUGGCGGUGUAUAGAGAAUUGCCAGAAAUCGCUCGCCAAUUUGUGAUACGUAUACUUUUCGUCGAACAACCAGUGCCUCAAGCCGUCGUCGCAUCGUGGGGAUCGCAGCAUUAUGCAAAAGAACAAGCUGCUUCUGCGGCUUGCCUCAGUGAGCUCAACGUUUGGCGCGUGACUGCUAUACCGGGUGGCCUGUCUGCCUGGGAGCUUAGUCCAACAUUCAAAAAGAAUUUAAAAAUUGCUUUGUUGGGAGGCGGUAAACCCUGGUCUAUGUCGCAUACGCUGGAAAAGGAUUCUAAACCGCGUGAUAUUGCUUUCCUCGACACUUACGCCAUGGCCCGUUGGCGCUGUGUACUUCACUACAUGGUGGGCACCGGCAGCUCAACCAAAGCGCAAGACAGUGAAGGUAUCAGCCCAGACGCAGUGCGUAUUCUGCUUCACGCUAAUCUCAUGAAGCGAGACGAACGUGAUGGAAUUACAAUUACACGACAAGGCUUUCAGUUUCUUUUACUUGAUACUCAGACGCAGGUGUGGCAUUUCAUGCUGCAGUAUUUGGACACUUGCGAGGAACGUGGUCUCUCGUUGCCUGAAUGCCUCUCUAUGUUGUUCCAACUAAGCUUCUCAACGCUAGGCCGCGACUACAGCUCGGAAGGCAUGAGCCCGAAAAUGCUCACGUUUUUGCAACAUCUGCGAGAGUUCGGACUCGUAUUUCAACGAAAACGAAAAGAAGGGCGGUUUUAUCCAACACGUCUAGCACUGAAUGUAACAAAUAAGCAUGCGGCAGUGCCUGCCAUUAUAAGCGAGGAAGAUAAGGUGCAGGAGAGUGGUUAUAUUGUGGUGGAGACAAAUUAUCGCGUGUAUGCAUACACAGACUCGCCCUUGCAGGUUGCAGUGUUAGGCUUGUUUACAGAACUAUUGUACCGGUUUCCUAACUUGGUAGUCGGUGUGUUGACACGCGACUCCGUUCGCCAAGCGCUGCGCGGUGGCAUUACUGCGGAUCAAAUUGUUAGCUAUUUGGAGCAAUAUUCGCAUCCCAACAUGAAAUUGACCGAAUCGGCAAUUAAGACAAAGUCUCCACUUCCGCCGACUGUUGUCGAUCAAAUUAAGCUAUGGGAGCUGGAACGUAAUCGUUUCACCUACACAGAAGGUGUGGUCUACAAUCAGUUCUUGUCACAGGCGGACUUUGUUACGCUACGUGACUAUGCUCAAUCAAUUAACGUGCUGGUACACAUGAAUGAACGAACGCGUACAAUGGUGGUCACCAAAAAUGGGCAUGACGAUGUUAAACGAUUCUGGAAACGUUACUCAAAGAGUGGUGGAUAGUUAUUUAUAUGUUUGGAGGUUGGUUACUUACAUUCAAUUACCAUUUUGCCAUUUAAAAUUUCUUUCUAU